CGCACGCGCGGCACUCUAUUUUUUACCUCUCUGUUGGUCUUUACGUUGCCAACGCUUGUUUUCCUCUGCCGAGUGUGUGUUUCAGUUUAUGGCCAGAUACAUGAGGCCUCCAAACACGUCUUUGUUUGUGCGGAACAUCUCCGAUGAUUCCAGAAAAUGUAAAAGCAUCCAGUUGUGGAACCGGCCACACAGAGUAACAAAGACCCGUGUAGAGUAGCUGUAAAGCCGUGUCACACAGAGGCCUUCAGGAUCAGAGGGAGGGAAAAGGUUGAAAAGAGAAAGUAAAGCAUGAAGAGGAAAAGGGAACGGAGACAAAGCUUGGAUAUGGCGGCAAAGAAUGGGCAAAAGAAAAGAGGUUUAAAAGUCAAGCAGGACACCCGAGUCUCUCUGGGAGUCGAUUAAAGAGUGUAAAGGUCAAGAUGAAGUUCAAAAUCAAGCAAAGCAUAUUUGAGGAUGUGCGUGAUGCAGAGGAUGCUCUUCAUAGUCUGGACAGGAAGUGGGUUUGUGGCCGGCAGAUUGAAAUCCAGUUCGCCCAGGGCGACAGAAAGACACCAAAUCAGAUGAAGACAAAGGAGAGGCAUUCUCCGAGCAGAUCGUCCCGAUACGACGACUACGACCGAGAUGGCCGGCGCAGACGCUCGCGCAGCCGCAGCCACGACAGAUACAGAUCACGCAGCCAGUCGUAUGACCGCCGUCGGAGGCGAUCUGAAAGUCCACGAGACUCUCGUGGUCGUGUGUAUGCAAGAGGAAGGAGCAGGAGUCGUGAGGAUGAAAGAUACAGACACAGACCUCGGAGAGAGUCCAGGGGCAGAUCUCGAUCACACUCCAGAUCUGCGUCGCCUCAAGAACCCGUCAACCCAGCUUCCACUUCCCAUUACACCGAGGAGGAAGUGCGACGCAAGCGCUCCCCGUCCCGCUCCAGAUCCCGGUCGGCUUCGAGAUCACGUUCUCGUUCACGCUCUCGGUCCUGGGCUGGGCGCAAGUCAGGGGGGCGCUAGGAAGUAUCCGCCCCCCUCCCCACCUACCACCUCCCCACUAACCUUCCUUCUGUCAAAUGGACCGGAGUCGGUCAUUUGUCAAGAAAAUUCACGUUUGUUUGACAUGAAUGUAACGUCCACUGAACCGUGUGUAGAGAGGUUGUCUUUUGCGGCUCCAUUUUUAAGAACAAUGCUGGUCCUUUUGCUUGUUUUUAUAAGAUUUAUUUUGGUAACAUUUCCUGAUAGGAACGUGAUUCAGUCGGAGGUUUUUAUGUUCAGUGAUAGUCAGCCAGGAAUAAUCUGUUGUCGUUUUUAUAUACACUUCCUGAUCAUAUUGUCGCCUAAACCGUAUAUCCCCUUCUUUCUGCAAACAACCAAGAAGCUCAUUAAGUAUUUUAGAAGAACACCAGUCUUUCAGUGAAUCAGAACAGUGUUUCAGUAUUUUCUAGCACAUUAUAACAAGAUAACCUACUUUUUACAGAUGGAUCAGUUUCUUCAGUUUUUGUUUAACUCUUUCGGGCAGCCACAGACAUGUUAAUUUGACAUUAUUGCUUAUUUAUAGGGUGUGAUAUUCACUGUGAUGAAUUAAAACCUCAAAUCAUAUAAAGUUAUUCUUAAUUGACCUCUAACUGCCUUGAAGGAAUGAAAUACAAAAACUGAAAAAGGUGUUUUUUGCAAUUGAAGGACACUAAAUGCACAAAAAUACUCCAAUGACCCUUUUUAAGUGUUAAAAAUGUUGUCUGGCAGAAACUGAAAUGUUUGUCAACCUCCUAAUUUUGUGAUGUUUUCUUUAUGUUUGCGCCCCAGUUUUUGUUCUUAUUGGAACAUUUCUGUACAAAGAAUCAGUUCUAAUUGGAGGAGGGGGAGUUUGUCGUUGGUGCCGACUGUUAAUGGUUUUUCCCCCCGUCUGGAUGGUUCUUAUCGCAGCAUGUUUUAUCCUCCUAUCAUUAGUAGAAAGAAACUGUUAUUUUGUGUAAUAAAUGAAAAACAUUCAAUAUAAAAAAAUAAAAAAGUACAGUGUGACUUUA